AUGUCCCAGCGAUUCAACUCUGGCUACGGCCUUGGUGGCCCCGCGCCCUACGGUGCCGCCCAGAGUGUCGAUACUCAGCAGAGCGAGGGCGCUCUCGAGCAGAUCCGGCUCUAUACCAGCAAGAUUGAGGACGCUCUCGAUAACCUCAGCGAGCCCGUGAAGCCCUAUCUCCCUGCAAUUGGUCGCUUCCUGAUCGUCGUCACCUUCUUUGAGGAUGCCCUCCGUAUCAUCACUCAAUGGUCCGACCAGCUUCUCUACCUGCGGGAUUACAGACACAUCCCGUCCGGAGUCACGCACCUUUUCCUUCUCGCCAACAUUCUCGCCAUGUUCUCGUGCUCCACUCUCGUCAUCAUCCGAAUGCACUCCGACUACGCCGUCGCCGGCCUCAUGGGCGUCGUCGUGACCCAGGCCCUCGGCUACGGCCUCAUCUUCGACCUCAACUUUUUCCUCCGAAACCUAUCCGUUAUUGGUGGCCUCGUCAUGGUCCUGUCCGACUCGUGGGUCCGAAAGACCAAGGCCUUUGCCGGUCUCCCCCAGAUCGACGAGAAGGACCGCAAGAUGUACUUCCAGCUGGCUGGCCGCGUCCUGCUCAUCUUCCUCUUCGUUGGCUUUGUUUUCAGCGGCCAAUGGUCUCUGUGGCGUGUCCUCGUCUCCAUCCUGGGUGGUGUCGCCUGCGUCAUGGUCGUCGUUGGAUUCAAGGCCAAGUACAGCGCCACUCUUCUGGUUGUCAUUCUGAGCAUCUUUAACCUCCUGGUUAACAACUUCUGGACUCUUCACGAGCACCACCCUCACAAGGACUUUGCCAAGUACGACUUCUUCCAGAUUCUGUCCAUCGUCGGCGGACUCCUGCUCCUGGUCAACAGCGGCCCCGGCCAGUUCAGCAUCGACGAGAAGAAGAAGGUCUACUAA